UAUUGUAGUUUAAAAACUUUGUACCUUGUUCACUACAAAUCAUAGAAACUAUUUAUUUCACUAUUUAUUUGUAUUUUUUGCAAAAGAAAAAUUUGAUUUUUUUUUAGUUUAUUAGUAAAUCACCGCAUAGUUAGUGUGUGUGUGUGUGUGUUUGUUUGAGUUUAUUUGUGUAAACAAUUUUUUUUAAAUUAGUUAAAUUUGGAUUAUAUCGGGGUGAAAUAAAGUAACCAACAAUUUAUUUUUGUUGUUAUUGUUUUAUACAUUUAAACUACAAUUACAACAUACACACCAUCACCUCAUCACUAAUUUUUUGAAAGAUGACAUUCAAUCGCACACAACAUCCUAUACUAUCACUACAUCAGCCCUAUCACCGAUACGGACAGCCGCUAACGGGUGGACUGUCCUACUAUUUGAUUGACUUCUGGAACGAUGUCGGCGAUCCCCGUACCCGGCACCUACCUAUGAUGGACAAUGGUCCAUGGACAAUGUUAUCGAUAAUGGCAUCCUAUCUAGUGUUUGUCCGAUACAUUGGACCUCAGCUGAUGAAAGAUCGACAGGCAUUUAGUUUACAUUAUCUAAUGUUAUUUUAUAACAUAUUAUUGGUUCUCAUCAAUGUCUACUAUUUUGCCGAAAUGCUUGCCUGUAUUAAUUAUGGCUGGGAUUUAAUGGACUUCCAGUUUCCUAAUAAAUUUGAUGUCAGUCCCAAAGCUAUACGUUUGUUAUACUCUGGUUACGGCUAUUUUUUGACCAAAUUUUUGGAUCUGUUUGAUACCAUAUUUUUUGUGCUCCGAAAGAAAUAUUCUCAGGUAUCAACACUGCAUCUAUACCAUCAUACAAUAGUACCGAUGCUCGGCUGGCUAGUGAUGAGGAUAUCGCCGACAGCGGCACCGGUAGUCCUGUUUCCUAUUUGUAAUUCUGUUAUACAUGCAAUCAUGUACUCCUAUUAUGCGCUGUCGACUUUCGGACCCCGUAUUCAGCCAUAUCUUUGGUGGAAAAAAUACCUAACAAUACUACAGUUGUAUCAGUUUGUACUCUACGGUCUAUAUUUUACGGUAUUUCUAUGCCUACAGACCGGCUAUCCGCCCAUCUAUACAUCAGUAGGUUAUGUACAGCCGUUCAUAUUUUUCUAUAUGUUUUGGCAGUACUUUAAAUGCAAUUAUUGCACAAAUACUAAUCAAUGUGUUGUCUAA